CCAUGCUGUUAGUCGGAAGCUGCGGUUGGCGUCUGCUGCAGUCGCAGCGCCUCCGUAAGCGGUCAAGAGCAUUUCUGCGUGGCUUUGGGCAAGAGCUCUUCGAGAGAGCCCGGUCACUGUGUUGCGUGUCCUCGCCUGGAGACACAGGAGAUGGACAGCGCGAGGCAGCACAGAGGAAAGCUCCCGACGCAGAAUCACUUCCAUCUCUCCCUCCGCGCGUCCGAGGCCCUGGGGCCAGCGUUUCGUCACUGGAAAGCGUCAGACUCCAGAUCCCUCAAGAUGGUUCAUUCACUGUAGAGGGCGAGGACUCGAGCGGAGACCAGGGCCAGGCCAGUCCCGCACACCGAGGAAACGGGGAUCCCUUGCUGCCCUACCUGGCCCAGUCCACGACCGGGUUAGAAGAGCUUCAUGUUUCCUCUUCUCGAGAGGCGCCCUUUCGGGCUGGGGAGCUGAUUUUAGCUGAGACUGGGAAAAGAGAAACCCAGUUUAAAAAAUUAUUUAGGUUGAACAACGCUGGACGCUUAAAUAGUAGCUGGGGGACAGUCCCGUUCAGCGAGAUCGUGGGGAAGUUUCCUGGCCAGAUGCUGAGGAGUACCUCUGGUAAGCACUUCAUGCUGAGGAGGCCGGCAUUGGAAGACUAUGUAUUGCUGAUGAAAAGAGGGCCUGCCAUUACAUACCCAAAGGAUAUGAAUAUGAUAUUGUCUAUGAUGAAUGUCUACCCAGGUGAUACUGUUCUGGAAGCUGGCUCUGGCUCUGGUGGAAUGAGUUUAUUUUUAUCCAAAGCAGUUGGAUCACAAGGACGAGUCAUAAGUUUUGAAAUACGAAAAGACCACCAUGAACUAGCUAAGAAGAAUUACAAACACUGGCGUGAUUCAUGGAAAAUGAAUCAUGUAGAAGAGUGGCCAGACAAUGUGGAUUUUAUUCAUAAGGAUGUUUUAGGAGCAACUGAAGACAUAAAAUCUUUAAUAUUUGAUGCGGUAGCUUUGGAUAUGUUGAAUCCUCAGAUUGCUUUGCCUGUUCUAUACCCAAGUCUUAAACAUGGUGGUAUAUGUGCUGUAUAUCUAGCAAACAUCACACAGGUUAUUGAACUUUUAGAUGGAAUCCACAUCUGUGAACUUUCUCUCUCAUGUGAAAAGAUAAGUGAAGUCAUUGUAAGAGAUUGGUUGGUUUGCCUUGCAAAACAGAAAAAUGGAAUUUUAGCUCAAAAAGUAGAACCUAAAAUCAGCACAGAUUUACAGUUACAUACUCAAAAGAAAAUUAGAAUAGAAGGUGAGAUGUUUCACAAGGAUGACCAUGAAGAAUCACAUUCUGAUUUUCCAUAUGGAUCGUUUCCCUAUAUUGCUAGACCUAUACACUGCCAAACUGGUCAUACAGCUUUUCUUGUCAAAUUGAGGAAGUUCAAACCACAACUUUAACUGAAUACCUCAGAUGACAACUGAUUUGAAGAUGGAAAAGUACCAAAAUAGAACUUUAUAUUACAAAUCACUACUUUCAUAGAUAGGUAUUUUUAGCUAUUACAAUGAUUGGUAUAACUUUUACAUAUACUUCUGAAAAAUAUCAAAGCCAAAGAAGGAAGUGUAAUAUUUCAAAACUGCUUAUAUGUCCUAUUUUGACACUUGUAGUUAGACAUUUUGUAGUUAAUGAUUCCAGGUUGGUUUAGUUGAGCCAUUUCAUUCUUCACUUCCUGUAAACCAUUCCAUAGAUUUGUCUUUCUCCAUGAAACUAGUUUUCUUUUCUUUGUUUGAUUGAUGGUCAUUGGCUACUAAAAUAAAAUUUGCAUUUUAAGAUAAA